CCUGGGCUCGAAGCCGGAGGCCCAGCUCUCUUAGUUUUCCCCGAAAACUCACUCUCCGACGUGCGGUGUGUUCCGGGGAUGUGCAGAGGCGCGCGGUGCCUCGUGCCCCCGGGACACGCGGUUUCACACUCGACAGGACGCUUGAUACUUAACAAGUGCACUAAAUCCCUCGGUUUUUUUCUUUUUUUUUAAAGAUUUGUUUUUAUUAGAGCGCGCGCGUGAGCUCGCCAGCGCUUAGGGUGUCCUGCGCUGGCAGGUGCUUGCCAGCCACGGGCUUUCUUGGGUACGUGAGACAUUUUUAAGCGGUGGCUGCGUUAAAUUUGGAUGCAAGAAUCUUCGCGAAAAACACGAACCGUCCUGCAUUGAUUUUCUAGGGUGUGAAAGAAUAAUCUGUUACUUCCUGUUGAGGUUUGUCCCCAUUUGUUUUGCGAAACCGAUUUUUGGGUACGGAUCGGUGCCAGUUGUGUAUGGCCCACCUGAAAAGAUGAAGCAGGUAAAGCUCCGUAGCGUUUCUCUGCAGCACUGUACCCGGACAAUUUCUUGCCGUGGAUAAGACCCUUACUUUAUCGGUGACGAUGACGUCCCCUUCACGUACGAUUGCAGUCCUGCGGAGAAGAAGUCACAGGAGAAUAAAGGGGAGGACGGGCAGCCCAUGGAGAAGGGGAGUGACACGAUCCUGGCGGCCGCCUUCUCCAAGUCUGGCGGCUAUUUUGCUUUAACUGAUGACAGUAAGCGUCUGAUUCUUUUCCGUACAAAACCAUGGCAAUGUCUGAGUGUCAGGACCGUGGUGAGGAGAUGCACGGCCUUGACCUUCACGGCCUCGGAGGAGAAGCUUUUGGUGGCCGACAAGUCUGGGGACGUGUAUUCCUUUUCGGUGUCCGACCCACAGGGAUGUGGCAAACUUGAGCUUGGGCACCUGUCGAUGUUGCUGGAUGUGGCCGUGAGUCCCGACGACCGCUACGUCCUCACCGCCGACCGGGACGAGAAGAUCCGGGUCAGUUGGGCCGCGGCGCCGCACAGCAUCGAGUCCUUCUGCCUCGGGCACGCAGAGUUCGUGAGCCGCAUCCUCGUGGUGCCCGACCACCCCGAGCUGCUGCUGUCCUCCUCCGGGGACUGCACCCUGAGGCUCUGGGAGUACCAAAGUGGCCGAGAGCUGCACUGCUGUCACCUGACCAGCCUGCGGGAACCGGCGGAGCCGUGGGGUGACAAGAGGUCCGCGGCGUCCAGGAUCGCGUACUGGGGCCAGGAGAGCUGCGUGGCGCUGCUGUGUGACUGCAUUCCCGUGGUCUACAUCUUCCAGCUCGACGCCCACAGACAGCAGCUGGCUUACAGACAGCAGCUGGCUUUCCAGCACAGAGUGUGGGACGUUGCUUUUGAGGAGGGCCAGGGACUGUGGGUCCUGCAAGACUGCCGGGAGGCCCCCCUUGUGCUCUGCAGGCCCGUGGACGGCCAGUGGCAGGCUGUUCCCGAAAACACCGCCUUAAAGAAGGUCUCUGCCCAUCUUCAGGGGAACUGGGCCAUGUUGGAAGGCGUGUCUGGCAUGGACGCGGGCUUCAGUGGUCUCUACAAGGCCACCUUUGACAACGUGACCGCCUACCUGAGGAAGAAGGAGGAGAGGCUGCAGAAGCGGCGGCAGAACCCGCCCCCGGGGCCCAACGGGCAGGCCAAGAAGAUGAAGCCGGAGGAGGCGUCCCUGAGGUGCUCGUCCUAGCUGCCCCGGCUCGGCGCGCCCCCGCCCUGCCGGCGGCUCCUCUAGGAAGCAAAGGGGCGGCGUCGUUCCCGACCCACACUAGGUGACAGUCCGCUCUGCACCAGCUCGGCACACGUGGGCCGUCCCGAACUGGAGGGUGUCCUGGGCUCUAGAAUGUUCUGCCGCUGUGCCGAGGCUCCCCUGCCUGGAGUCUCGGGCCCCCCUGGCUGAAGGGAAGCUGUGCCGCGGUGUGUCUCUCCCUUCUGGAGAGACUACGAGCAGCGCCGGUGCCCUGCAGCGCUGUUGCUUCCUGUCGGCCGCUUACCCGCAGCGCGGCCGUGGCGAUGUGGCCUUCUUCCCGGGACGACAGAUGCGUUUGCCUCCAGGGGGUCCACGCAUCAGACGUGUUUGCAGUAGCGCGAUGGACAUUCUGCCCCCGUGUCUUCCUCUCAACGGUGCCCCCGCUGCCCGGCACAGGGGCCGCUGGCCUCGCGGGGGUGGAGGACCCCGGCCCUCCGUCGGCACCUGUGUUGUGUGCCCGCGUGGUGCCCGCUCAGGGAGCACAGCUGCUGCCGUGUUGCGGGCUCCCUGGGAACACAGGGCACGGACUCGGCUGCUGUGUGAGGACCCAGGAGCCCUGGCAGGAACCGUUCUCCAGGGAAACGGUCGAGGCUGUCACACAUGUGUGUGAUUUCCCCGUGAGCUCUGCGCACGCGACACACAGACCGAGGGUAUCCGCUGAUUCUAAUCACCGAUCAAUAAAAAUGAGCUUUUUGCGGCUUCUGGAAACGUGUAGCAGCCACAUGUGGAACUGAUUUCCAAAUACACUGAGCAAAACCA